GAUUAAUGUCUGGACGGGGGAUGCCCAAGUGUCCAGCCUUUGCUUCCAAGGGCUUCAGCUCGACUCCCGUCAAGGCUAAUGAGGACAAAGACUUCCAGAAAAUCAGAGAUUUGGAUGACACCGUUGUGUCCGACGACGAAGACACGUUUUCGCUGCUUUCUCCAAUCUACCAUGACAGCUUUGACAGUGAUGAAAGUGAUGAAGAGGAGCAGGGAUCUGUUCCAGCUCAGCAGAUUUCACCCAGGCACAGCACUGAUACAAGACUUGGCACAUCAUCAGUCAGAUCUGAGCUACCAAAAACGCCUUUGGAGCAGAUGUACAGUUCAUCUGUGCAGCCCGCUGCCUCACCUUCUCUCAGUGCAUGGGAAAUGUGGCUGUUGAACAAAACUAAAGAGGAGCGCCUUAAGAUCGAACAGAAAGCUGAAGAGGAACGCUUACUGAAUGAAAAACAAGAACAGCAGGAAAGAGAGCAGAGGCAGAAAAAAAUUGUCAUCGAAGAGAAGAUCCAGAAAUGGCUGAAAGUUAAAAGAGAACAGGAGAGGCAUGAGCACCUUUUAAAGCAGAAACAAGAUGACGAGGAGAUGCAGAGGCAGCAGAAGAAACGGAGGGAGAUCGAACAGAAAGCUCAGCAAAAAUACAAAAGCUGGUUGCAGAAGAAGAACCAAGAAAAAAUAGAAAACGAAAAGAAGGAGAAAGAGGAAGCUGCCCUGAAGGAGGAGCAGGAGAGGGAACGCAGCCGGAGGGCAGAAGAAAAGUUCAAGGAGUGGCUGACGAAGGCCAAUAAAAAAAGCAGCGCUAGUCCCAAAUCACCUCUCUACCCCACAAGUCCCUACGACAAAUCAUACCCAGCACCCAGCUUCUACAACCCGAUCCCCUGGAAGCCGAUUCACGUUCCUCCUCCAGAAACAUCCCCAAACAAGACAACGGGCAGGAAACCGCCAAAGCAGAAGAAAACUCAUCAGAGUUCCUGCACUGAUGUUAGACUCAGACACCCUGCGAGCGCAGCACAUUUUCUGCAGAGGAGAUGACACAAAGGGGCCGAUGUGCACGGCUGUGAUAGUGGGAGCUUCAGCAAUGAUGCCACCAUGACUCAUCAUCACCAGCUCAGCUCUGGGGCUGAAUUUCUGCUGAUUCAUGGAAACCACUUGUGUUCUUAUAAAGGUUUAUUGUGGAGACUUGCUACUGUAUUUACACUUCAGCUUGUCGUGUAUGAACACUGCAUAUCCCAAGAGAUUUGUUUUAAUCUAGUAAAAGCAACAACUAGGCUUUUAAAAUUCUCGAGUAUAUUCUAUAUUGCUUUUGAAAUGCAAUCAGUAUUUUUGUUUGUAGAAAU